AUGAAGACCAUUAAAGUGUCGGACAAUUGGAAAUUCUUUGCACAAGGAAAUGCCAAUAUUCUACUCGAAUCUCCUCACAAAUAUUCUGGCAAACUGCUAAGACUCAAGAAAAAGGGUCCACCUUCUACACAAAUAUUUCAGUUUUAUGAACAGAAAGUUGUUCCUUUAAUUGGGAAUUUUGUGGCCAAACUAGAACUGGUUCGUUUAGAGAGUCAGUUUGCAGCAUAUGCCAAUCUAAUAUGCGAAGAGCACUCGAGAGGGCCAAUUGCGGGUCAGGAAGUUAGCGCACAAAUUUAUCCAGAUUUUAUAAGUGAUAAGGAGUAUGGACUAUUAAUCGAGAGAGUAGGGCAUGAUUCUACAGAGAAUGGACCAUCUUCUCUAGCUACCACUGCUACUACUACGACUAUCAAGUCUGCGGAUAGUCAGGAAGGAGCAGGUGGUGGACUGGGUGCUGUUCUCCAUAAAACUGUUUAUCAGAUGAAUGAUUCCAGAGAUCCAGUAACUCUUUAUUCCAACUAUAUUUUAGAAUUCAAACCCAAGUGGCUUGCUCCGUCACCUAAUGCUCCAGGUGAUGCGGUCAGAUGUCGUAAUUGUGCUUUAGGAUUGUAUAGAACGGGAAAAGAACCAGCAUUCUGUCGAGCUGAUUUGACGAGCAGUAACUACAAUUUGCGGUUCCAAGCAAUAAAGUGCAUUUUUGGUUCAUUUACAGCAGAUGAAAGUCGGAGUGAAGGAGUUGUGUCUUCAAUCACAACUGCCGAGGCCGCUCUCUUAACUGAAUUGACAGCCCAGUUUCUUGACCAAUGCGAUAUUCUGAAUCAACUGAAAACUGUGCAGGCACGAGAUACAAGAGGGAUUCUUGAUUAUGGCCCAGAUGAGGAGCUUGGGGACGAGUUUCUCAUGGCCAUGACAUUUCGAGAUGCCACGAUACUUUUAGAGAUAGCACAUUACGACAGCAGUAUGACUGAAACACAAAGCUCAGCCAAUAACAAUAAUGACUCUGGAAAAGAUACCGAGAAAACAGAAUCAGGAUAUUUGACGCUUGAUCGCGGUGGAGACAAGUAUUACGUGCGAGCCAAGCUGGUAGAUCUCGAUAUGAAGCAGGCUUCACGGAGAGACCGCUGGGCCAAAACCGAAAGAGAACUUUUGAAAUAUUACAAAUAA